GCCACAUUGUAUAAAGGAAUCAACAGAGGGAUUGGGACACUUGCUGCCUUAAGUUUUGCACUUCUUAUCGAGAUUGUGGCAUGCCACGCUGGCCACAUUGGUUGUGCAAUCAGUAUUGGCUUUUCAGUUUUCCCUACUGUUUGCAGGUGCUUUUACGACAUACAUGAGGUUCAUCCCUGCAAUGAAGAAGCAUUGUGACAAUGGAUGAAUAGUAUUUCUUCUGACAUUUGAUUUGAUAACAGUUGGUUCUUCUCACGAUGACAACGUGUUCCAUUUGGCCAUCCCACGUAUUUACACUAUUGCCAUUGGAUGUGGCAUAUGCAUCAUCACAAGUCUCUUGAUUCUUCCCAACUGGCCGGUCUGGUGAAGACCUCCUGAAGAUUUGGCAAAAGAAAUCCAAGGUAUGGGUAGCUAGCUGUUUCAAUCUGAUGACCUUUAUUUUCAUAAAUCGGUAUCCCUAUUAUAGUAAAAAAAAAUUCACUAAUUCAUGUGUCGAAGUCCAGGGUGACCCCUGAAGAACAAAAGGGGAGAAGUGCACGAGCGUGCCAGCAAUAUUUCCCAUCCUUACACUUGUUAUUUUUGCUAAUCUGACAUUUUUGUGCAUUUUUGUUAAAGGAAAAGAGAAUGUGGGAAAAAAGUAUAGCAUGUGCACCUUUUCCUUUGUUUCCUCGGAAACAUUUAACAAAGAAAAUGGUGUAAAAUAUUUUGGGUUUUAAAGGGACGGGGUAAAACAUAUUGCCAGUUUGGAAAGAACAAAUCUCUCCCUUUCUCUGUCUUUUUAUCAAUGAUGAGCCAUAGAUUGAUAUAGGUCAGUAUUACUGCAAUGAAAUUUGCGUAGAAGCUGAAACUUGUUUAUGAGAAAUUUAUGCUUCUUCUUUAAUGUUAUAUUUCCUUUAUCUUAACACGGUUUAGAGACUUUUAUGGCUCAUAAAGUCUGCAGGAUGAGAGAGUGAAAAUGCAUAGUCCCUGAUGACCUCACAGGUAUUGAUACAUCAGUACAUUUUGACCCCAUUCAAUUUUUGGGUAUAUUUUUUGCUUUGACCGAAUCAUGAGUAAGUUACGGUUGGGCUUCAAGACAAUGCGCUGAAGAACUUUCACCUGCACUAGCUACACUUGACCAAACAAAUUCUUUCGGGCUCAUAAAGUCUGCAGGAUGACGGAGUGAAAAUGCAUGGUCCCUGAUGACCUCACAGGUAUUGAUACAUCAGUACAUUUUGACCCCAUUCAAUUUUUGGGUAUAUUUUUUGCUUUGACUGAAUCAUGAGUAAGUUACGGUUGGGCUUCAAGACAAUGCGCUGAAGAACUUUCACCUGCACUAGCUACACUUGACCAAACAAAUUCUUUCGGGCUCAUAAAGUCUGCAGGAUGAGAGAGUGAAAAUGCAUAGUCCCUGAUGACCUCACAGGUAUUGAUACAUCAGUACAUUUUGACCCCAUUCAAUUUUUGGGUAUAUUUUUUGCUUUGACUGAAUCAUGAGUAAGUUACGGUUGGGCUUCAAGACAAUGCGCUGAAGAACUUUCACCUGCACUAGCUACACUUGACCAAACAAAUUCUUUCGGGCACUUGGUUUCUAAAUCUAGCAGCAGGAUCCUCACAAACAAGAUUAUUCUAUCCAUUAGGUUCCCUUUAUACAUAAUGACAUGGCCUAAAAAUAUUGCAGCAUGUGUAGAAGAAUAUUUUCAAGUACCAGAUAUGAAAGAUGCGAGCAAAUCCUCAAAAACUACUGCUCUGGAGAAAAGCUACGAAGAAUUUUUCAAUGUAAUUCAACAGAGGAAUCCUUGGCUACAUUCGCUAGCUGGGACCCUCGCCAUUCGAGAUAUUGUUAUCCUUGGAAGCAAUAUGUGCAUUUGGGAACUGUUCUAAGGCGUCUAGCAUACACUGCUUUUGCUUUACAUGGUUGUUUAGAAUCUCAUGUUCAGGCUCCUCAGACAGUUCGAGCGUUGUUUAAAGAACCUUGCGAACACGUGGCAGAAGAAAUAGUAAAAGUCCUUUCGGAACUAGCAGAAACCAUAAAGAAGCAUCACCAUUUCUCAGCCCACAUUUCAGAUCACCUGCAUGAAGCUCUGGAAGAACUUGAUGCCUCCAUUAAGACUCAACAUCAGCUCUUUCUCCCUUCCAACCCAACAAAAACUGAAGCAGCCAAGCCUUCUGAGAUUCUUGGGUCGCAAAUACGGGGGCCAGAACAGCUCAAGAUAAUGAACAGAACGACUUGUAAGACUGUGAUCACAGGACUUGAAUUCUCCAGGGCACUUCCAUUUUCCGCUUUUGUUUCCCUGCUGAUUGAGACCGCGGCUCGGCUUGACCUUGUGAUAGAAGAAGUAGAAGAGUUGGCGAAGGUUGCGCAUUUUAAGGAGUUCCAUGAAGAAGAUGACAGCAUAGAAAUCAAGGUCGAUGAGGGUUCCAGUGAAAAUCCUAAGGGCUGCAAAGAUAUCCAGAUACUGACAGGCAAUCUGAUGACUGAAAAUUUGCAAUUUCUGCUGUCAAAGCUGAACAGGAGCGACAAAUAAAUUUGUUGCUAUCAGGUUAAAUAGCAGCUUUGUCACAUUUUUUGCUACAUAAUCUCAAAUCCAAAGACACUUUCAACCGAUUUGUUACAAUUUUUUGCAGCAAGAACUAGUGAGGUGCCUGUUUUUCAUUGCUUGUUUAUCUUCAUCUAGUACCAAAUAAGUCCUACGGAAACAAUUUUUCUUACUGGGAUGGCACCGAACAGCUGCUCUAAAUAACGUUUAUUGGAAGAUAAGGGAUUUCCCUUUGAAUCUUUUCCUUCCA